CAGGGAUAUAUAGUAUCUCUCUCUCUCUCUAUGACUCUGGAACUCUGUCUCUCUCAACUCACCGACUUUCCAUCCCAAAAGCCCCACAACGCCAGGCUCCACGACUCUAACCAUGACUUCCCACCUGCCGGGUCUACUCCUCGUGGCGUUGCUGUUCGUGAGCGAAGUGCACAGCCUCAAAUGCUACAGUUGCCCACCGACCAUCAACAAAACGGAGUGCAACGAGGGCGGCCUCAUCACGUGUCCCGAUGAACUGAGCAACACCUGCGCAACAAUCCUCGUCUACAAAGGCUCCACCUACGCCGUCACCAAGCAGUGCAUGACCAAGGUCUAUUGCGACACCCUCAAAGCAUUCGACGCAACCUACAGCGGAGCCACGCUGAGCACCACGUGCUGCCAGGGCGACGGCUGCAACGUCAACGCCGCCCCUCCUCGACCGCCGGGCGCAGCUCACGUGACCCUGGCCCUGCUGGGCGUGGCCACCAGCGUCGUGGUCAGCAGGGCUCUGGUGUAGGUCGUGACGUCACAGCCGCACUCCACCCCCCACGUGCCUGGGUUGAUCCAAUCACUUUUAAACUUCAAUUCGGUUGUCUCACGACGCUUCCACCAGUGGAGCUGUGCAACGCUGAAAUCGUCUUGAUUGUUGUGUUACGCUGCUAAAAAAAUGCAACGUACGUAUGUCCAUAACAUAGAGACAAGUAGACUCGUUACACAGAGAGCCAUAGGCUCACCACAUAGAGACCCAUAGACUCAUCACACAGAGACCCAUGGACUCGUCACGCAGAUACCCAAGUGAGGAAUGAUAUUCCAUCAUUUAUAGAGAAACAGGCAGUGGAUCCCGUAAGGCAGAAGAUAAUGGAAAGAUCUUUAACCUGGAGUUGGAACAGGUCACGGAGGGUGUUCAGAGAGUUUGGAGAUGAUUGGGGGGGGGGUGAAAGGAAGUAAUCUACUAUUGGGUGGGGUGGUGUUUGGGGUAGCAGUUUUGCGUGAACCUGACCAAUGGCAUGUUCAAGGUACCGCUCGAUUUAUCGAAUGGGAUGCGUUUCUCUAACAUCUAAAAACAGACUCACGUGCGUGAAACUAAAUUUGUAAUUCGCAAUGGCUUUACGCGUUUGGUUUAAUAUAAAAAAUUCGGGGGUGUGUAUCGGACAGUUAUUCCAACUCAGUUUAACACGUAGGCUUCCGCGACCAAUAUUAUUCAUAAUAAAGGUUUUUGGGUUAGAUCGCGUUUAUUUAUAAAUGUGGCGUAACCCUCCACCACCCGACACGGCCAAUCAGCAAAAAAAAAGUGUCACGUUGACAAAAAACAAAUAAUUCCAACUCGAAAAGAAAAUUGCAAUACACCUUUGUCACAUUUGAGGGUGCAAAAAAAGUGUAAUAACAUUAUUGAAGAACGUGAAUAUUAAACGGAAUAAAUAAUAAUACACUUGAAAGAACUAUAAAAACAAAUUGCUGCAUGAUGGAAUGACUGGAGAGGGUGAUGUGGAGACGUUACAGUUGCACUGUAUAGGGACACCAUAAUACUGUCGCGGAUCGGAAUCUGUAUUUAGACAGGAGGCGGAGGAAAUCUGAUGACAUACGAAGCUCUUUGUCACAGAUGUCCAAUGACGUAGCCUUCCGGGUGGCUUUCUCGUUCGAUGGGCGAGUGCCGAAGGAAAUUCGAUUACGCAGAAAUUCGAUUUGGUUGAUUGCGCCACAGUGGCUAGGGAGCUGAUAACUUCCUCGCCUGGUCUACAGGAGGUCGCGAGUUCGAUCCCCACCCUGAUGAUGCCUGCUGCUGUAUUUGGAGUUUGCGUGUCUCUAUCUCUCCGUGGUCCUCCGAUGUUUCAUCUUCACAUUUAGAAUCAAAGUCACCACGCAUUCAGGGUUAUUUGCCUGCUGCUAGACAUUUCCACGUGAUGAUGAUGUUGAUGACAUCUUGCCACGUGGUUUGAGCUGUCAUUGUUUGUGAUGGCCAAGGUCGCUUCUGAAAGAGAGCUACACCAGCUCAGUCGUGGGGCCUUACACCUGGUUACAAUAAAUAAAUGGUUUAGUUUUACUCGAAAAACAUCCGAUUUAGUUAAAUUGAAUUGUUUUGGCUUUUUUUCUUUCUUGCAAGCAUCAACUUUUUUCAGGGUUUUUCAGUGAAAUAGAAGGGAAUAUGAAAUUAAUCCUAGACAAGAAUUCAAGUCCCGGGCGAAGACGGGUAGUAAAGCUUGUAUUAAAUGAAUGGUUUAUUUUUACACGAAAAACAAAAAAGCGUCUGUCAUUUGUAAAUCGCGUUCAAGCGAAACUUCGCAUAAACCGAAACGUUGAA